CGGACCAUAUUUGUUAUCUGCGAUAUAACAUUUGAAAUCCAUGUCUUGCAGUGGUCAAUAAAUGCAGCCAUGCAACUUUUUGAAUACUUUUUGAAUGAGUCUAGGCUUUUGUACACUUACCUCAUACAAAGAAGCGAUGCAUUCAUUUUCAUGGACCUGCAUUAACACAUCUGUUUGCUUUAAAAAGACCGCAGACUAAAGAUUCAGUGUUUUUAUAAAACGCAUUGAAUGCUUUUGAGUGAAAACUAUAAUUAAUAAAGCAGGGGGCUGCUGCUCCGCAGAGACAUUUCCAGCAGCAUCGCUCAUUACAUUAUCCGAUUGAAAUAAUUCCGUUGUUCUCGGUUUAAAACACUUUCUACAGUUUGCGCUUUCGUUCUUGUGUGGAUUUUUGUUACCUCACAAGAAUUCCGCAGGACAAAUGCCAGAACUGGUACCAGUGUAAUUAAAGACAGCACCACCUUCAUAGCAUCUGCGUUAAGGUAAAAGGGUCAAGCUGGCAGUUCGGGAAACACGUGACAGCACGCAUACAGAAAGCAGAGCGCAGUAAAGUAACUGGGACAGUAUUUUAUAAUCCAAUUGAAAACAUCAAGAAGAUUUCUAUUCAGCAAAGCUGUUGAAGGAAAUACUACAGCAAAGAUGAACACCAUUGUAUUUAACAAAUUGAGCGGCCAGGUGAUUUUUGAGGAAAAGGCCAAGGAAGUGGAGAGGAGCAGUAGAAACUACUUAGAAGUGAUUGAUGGACAACAUCCAGACAUGAUGAUUCCGAACAGCCAGUCUAAAGAAAAUGCCAGGCACAGGAGAUCGGGGUCCCGUCAGAACGGAGGGAAGGUGAGACACAAACGCCAAGCGCUACAGGACAUGGCCCGCCCUCUGAAACAGUGGCUUUACAAACACAGAGACAAUCCUUACCCCACGAAAACAGAGAAAAUCCUGCUGGCACUCGGCUCUCAGAUGACGUUAGUUCAGGUAUCGAACUGGUUUGCAAAUGCAAGGCGGAGACUGAAGAAUACUGUAAGACAACCUGACCUAAGCUGGGCUUUACGUAUAAAAUUAUACAAUAAAUAUGUCCAGGGGAAUGCUGAAAGGCUUAGUGUGAGCAGUGAUGACACAUGUUCAGAAGACGGAGAGCAUCCCCCAAGGAAUCAAGCGAACGCAGGUGAAUUUAAUAAGCCCAUUUAUCAGAGCGUUAUCAAAAAGGAAGGCCCGGUUGUGAGCGCUGGAUUGAGAGCAGUCUCUUCUCUGAAUGAGGAUUACGUGUCGCCACCCAAAUACAAGAGCAGCUUAUUGCACCGGUACCUCAAUGACUCUCUGCACCAUGUCAUGGCUUCCACUGCAGCUAUCACACACUCACGCAAAAGAAACCAUUCAGGGUCUUUCAGCUCCAACGAAUAUGAUGAAGAAUUACUUUCGCCAUCUUGUUCAGAAGCUGAAGCAAAUUUUGUUUAUCGUGCUGAGACUGUGGAACAUGGAUCAAGUAAAUGUGACAAUGGAACAAAGGAAAGGGGAACGUGCAAAGAUGAGACCUACUGGAGAGAAAUCCACGCAGCCAUGGCCUUGACAAAUCUGGCACAAGGGAAGGACAAAGUAUCUGGGACAACCAGCUGUAUUAUCCAGAAAUCCUCCCAUAUAUCUGAAAUAAAGACAGUCAAAGUGCCCCUGGCACAGACAUUCUAAACAACAAAUGGUAUAGAAUCGAUCCAUGCAACAUUCCAUUAGAACUCUAACCAUUGUGGGACCAUAAAAAACAACAACAAAAA